CGUGCUGUCGUCUACUUCAUUCGACCAUUGGAAAUUCGACGUAAUUGAGCUCGUACUUUUCCAGAAGUGUAUUUGUGCUCAGUUGCUUGUCCACGUGUGAUUUUUGUUUGUUCUAGUGUAGUAAUAUCAAGUCUAUUUCAAAAUGGCGAAAAGUUUGAGGAGCAAGUGGAAAAGGAAAAUGAGGGCUAUUAAGCGAGAAAAAAUGGAUGUUAAAGUGCUUGCUAGAAUGAAUAAAAUGCUUGUUGAAUCUGCUGCUGAAGCCAAGUUGGAUGCUCAAGAAGAAAAAUUCAAGCAGAAAAUGAAGAAGGACAAAGCAGGAGAAGCUGAAGAAAUGGCAGAGGUCCCUGCCUCUGAUCCUCCCACUAAUGAAUCUCCUGCUGAAGCCCAAGAAGGAUCUAUGGAAGUGGAAGGAGAUGAUUCUUCAGUUGUAUCAGAGAAUGGUGUUCAAAGAAAAUUAUGCAAACCCAAUCUGAAGACCAUGAGGAAUGAAAAGAACCAAUUCCCUAGCUGGAUGUCAACGAAGAAGAUUAAAUACCACAAGAGGCUCACCAAGAGGAGUGUCAAGCGAAAUACAAAGGAAGCAAAGAAAAACAAGAUAUGGAAAAGAGCAUGUGCUUCAUUGUAGAACUGCUAGCAGUUCAAAAUGUAUUUUUUGUUCACAUGACACACUUACACAAACAUUCAACACAUUAAAA